AUGGUAUUGUGCGCAGAACGAACCUUGAGCGGGCACGACUCUGGUGUUCGUAGUUGUUGUUUCUCUCCAGACGGGAAGAAGGUUCUCUCUGCUUCAUAUGACUCGACAUUGAAGAUAUGGCUGGCGUCUGACGGUGCGCUGCUGCAUACCUUGAGCGGGCACGAUUGUUAUGUUAAUAGUUGUUGUUUCUCUCCAGACGGGAAGAAGGUUCUCUCUGCUUCAGGUGACUCGACAUUGAAGAUAUGGCUGGCGUCUGACGGUGCGCUGCUGCAUACCUUGAGCGGGCACGACCUUGCUGUUAAUAGUUGUUGUUUCUCUCCAGACGGGAAGAAGGUUCUCUCUGCUUCAUAUGACUCGACAUUGAAGAUAUGGCUGGCGUCUGACGGUGCGCUGCUGAGAAAUUGGGGCGGGCACGAUUGUUAUGUUAAUAGUUGCUGUUUCUCUCCAGACGGGAAGAAGGUUCUCUCUGCUUCAAAUGACUCGACAUUGAAGACAUGGCUGGCGUCUGACGGUGCGCUGCUGCAUACCUUGAGCGGGCACGACAAUGAGGUUUAUAGUUGUUGUUUCUCUCCAGACGGGAAGAAGGUUCUCUCUGCUUCAGGUGACUCGACAUUGAAGAUAUGGCUGGCGUCUGACGGUGCGCUGCUGCAUACCUUGAGCGGGCACGACAAUGAGGUUAAUAGUUGCUGUUUCUCUCCAGACGGGAAGAAGGUUCUCUCUGCUUCAUCUGACUCGACAUUGAAGAUAUGGCUGGCGUCUGACGGUGCGCUGCUGCAUACCUUGAGCGGGCACGACAAUGAGGUUAAUAGUUGUUGUUUCUCUCCAGACGGGAAGAAGCGGAUCUGGACAGAGAACGGAUGGGCGCCAUGA